AUUCGUUUCGAAAUGCUCGAAAAUAUUGUGGCAUGGGUGCUUAAUAAUUAUAUCGGAGAGUACCUUGAGAAUUUAAACACGGAUCAGCUGUCGGUUGCGCUACUAUCAGGCCAAGUGGAACUGGAAAAUGUCCCCUUGAAGAAAAGUGCGCUACGGAAGCUUGAUCUGCCGGUUGAAGUGAAAGCUGGUUUACUUGGAAAACUGACACUAUCGGUACCUAUAACUCAUUUAAAGAGUGAACCAUGGGUAUUAAAGUUGAGUGAAGUCCUUGUUGUCAUUGGACCACUCACACCGGAUCAUCGAUAUGAUGUUGAGGCCGUAGAAAGAGUGGAACAACAAAAGAAGGAACAGAUGCUGGAUGAAUUGGAAGAACGACACAAGGCUGAGUUAUUAUCAUUUCUCGAUUUGCCUGAUCCUGUUUCUCAAGACACAUGGUGGGGCGCAUCGCUGGUUUCUGCUGUACUUAAUAAUAUCCAGUUAAUUCUCAAUAAUGUACAUAUUCGCUAUGAGGAUAACUUAUCAUUACCUAAUGGACUGGUAUUCAACUGUGGUGUGCGUAUCCAAACGAUGACUGUACAGACGACCAAUGCGGCUGGAAAGCCGGGUUUUAUUGAGCCUCAAAGUGGAGUGAAUGUUUUCAAAAAACUUGAGUUGAAAGGAUUCAGUUUGUAUUGGAAUUCAAAUCAAGAAACGUUACAGAAUAUUGACGAAGCAAGGAAUUUACGGGAUAUCUUAGCUCCAGAGAAUCCCAACUAUGCUUUUAUAAUUCAUCCAUGUAGUGCUGAGCUUCGCAUGGAACGUAAUUCCAGCAAAUCUCCAUUAAAAGGGCAAAUCCCUCGGUUCAAAUUCUUUCUACGUCCAAACAAAAUCACAAUGGAGAUGAGUCGAAGACAAAUUGCUGAAUUACGUGCAUUAAACAGAGAAUGGGCCCGUUUUGAGCGUGCACGUCAACACAGAAAGUGGCGCCCAUUGACACCUAUUGGGGAGAAUGCUAAGGCCUGGUGGCGCUUCGCCUAUGGCCGUGUAACUGAUGAGGCACGGCGUGCCCAGUCGCGUCGUUCUUGGCAUUUCGCAUUAACACGAGCACAACAUUUGAAUGCCUACUGUCGUGCUUACCGGCGACGACUUUUAUCCUUAAUCGAUGAUCCAUCGAUGCCAAAUGUUGCUGCGGAAGCAGGUGCCAGUCGAGGGUCACCAGCCAAUUCAACAGCACCAGCUGGUGGGUCACACGAGUACGUCGCAAUAAUGAAACAGAUUGAGCGAGAUUCACAAUAUUCAUAUCACGAACUUCACCUAUUUCGCGAGACAGUGUUUCGUCGAAUAAUGCGUGAAAAAGCUAAAGAAAGAGGGCUGGAUGCAUCGACUGAGAACGACCAGGCGUUUGAGAAGAUUGUUACACCAAUGGAUGAGAUUCCAUCAGUGAACUUAGAUGUUGAAAAGAAAGAAGAAGGUCGCGGUCUUUACGGGUGGAUUACGAGUUUCUUUACUCAGGAGAAAAACAGUAUGGAAAAAAAUGAGGUGUUGGAGUCUGGGAAACUGGAUUUCCAUGGGUUCAAGGAUCUUCCAAAGACUUUCAAUGUGAAGGAAAUGGAAGAAGAAAUCCUCGAUGUUCUUCAUGAAUCAUGGGAUGACUCCACUUUGCUUCGACGUGAUGUUCUAUUAGCAGAGAUUGCAAUGCAGCUAGAACAUAUUACGCUACGAUUUGUUGACACUUUUAUUCUGGAGAAAACCGAACAACGACGUGUACUAGCACUGGACUUGACGGGAGUAUCAUCACGAGUUGAGCUUAGUCCUCGGCAGCAUUCGUUGUUCAUUUCCUCAGCGGUUCAUGAUAUGAGCGUUCAGCGAUUACGUUGCGGUCAUAUGCCACCAAAGGUAUAUUCUUGCAUUGAUUUCUGGAUGUUUUAUUCACUUUUAAAUUGGUGA